GCCUGCAUUACGACCAUGGUCCACUGCAAUGGUCGAAGAAACCAUUGAAAAAUUAUUCAAACCAAACACGAUGCACAGACACUUUGACCAUGUGAACUGUUUACACCCUUCUCUAAACCGUAAGCAUGACGACGAACGAUGAAUGGCGAUGACGAUGAUGAUGAUGAUGAUGAUGAUGUUAGUGAUGAUGUCGUACGUCGCGUGGAAAAUCCGAUCGGUUUAAAUUCGUCUGUUUGCAUUGAUUUCAGCAGGCGUGUCGGUCAAGUAAAUGGAAAUCGCGGUGCAAUCGAGGUUUGGUGCCGGGUAUACAAAAACAAACGUGCUCGUCCGUAAGGAUAGGCGCAACAAUUCGAAUCCAUCUCCAUGCUGCUGCUGCUCCUGCUAGCGAAGCAUUCAGCCAGUGCGUAAAACGUGUACGUGAGUGUGUGUGUGUGUGUGUGUGUGUGUGUGUUUGUGCGUGUUUGUGUAAGUGGUUCGUUUAAUGACGGUUUUUACAGCUCUUAUCAGCUGUCCAGGGAGGAUAAGCGCGAAAGGUUCUUUGCGGUGUGUCAUUCCUAAUAGUGCAGGUGUAAAACAAUGUCCUCCACCGGCAGUGAUUAUGAUGUGCUGGUAUUCGGAUCGUGCAUAGUGGAUUUCAUAAGCUAUGUGUCCCGGUUGCCCAAGGUCGGGGAAACCCUACACGGUACCAGCUUCGCUACGGGUAACGGUGGCAAAGGUGCUAACCAGUGUGUGGCCGCAGCCCGCCUCGGAAGUCGAACCGCAAUGAUUGGCAAACUGGGCGAUGAUCCGUGGGGUACCGGCUAUCGCACUGCCCUGGCCGCCGAAGGUGUGAACGUGGAGCAGGUGGAUGUUAUGCCCGGAGAGAGCACCGGCAUCGCACAGAUCAAUGUGGCCGACAAUGGGGACAAUCAGAUCGUCAUUGUAACUGGCGCAAACAAACGUCUCGGACCGUCGGACGUCCUGUCCCGGCCGGAACUAUUCGAAAGGGCGCGCAUUUUGAUCUGCCAGCUGGAAACACCGAUCGAAGGGACGAUCGCUGCACUGCAAGCGUUCAGGGGCAUCUCGAUCGUUAAUGCAGCACCGGCGGAAACGAAUUUGCCCCAUUCGCUACUGUCGCUGGCGAGCAUUUUCUGUGUGAACGAAACCGAAGCAGCACUGUUAACGGACAUGCCGUGCGUUCCCGAUGUUCAACGAGCAAAAACGGCGGUACAUAAGCUGCGGGACAUGGGAUGCAGAACGGUCAUCAUAACGCUCGGCGAGAAGGGAGCCGUAUUUGCCCAACCGGAUAGCACCAGUGUGUAUCACGUGAAACCGGUGAAGGUGACCAAAGUCGUUGAUACCACGGGUGCUGGCGAUGCAUUUAUCGGUGCAUUAGCUCACUUUGUAGCCAAGCAUCCAGACGCCGCGCUGGGCAAUUGCAUUGCGGCGGCAAAUCGGGUCGCGGCAUGGUCGGUGCAAAAGCCCGGCACUCAGAGCAGCUUUCCACGGGAGGGAGACGUUGCGUUGCCGGCUGAUUUAGCCACCCUGCAGGACCAGUGGGAUUGUGUUUAAACACUUCUCGUUGUUUUCGUUUUUUUUUCGCUUUCUUUUAUUUGAAUCUAUAGUCAGCUAACAAAUUGAAAAUAAAAACGUUUUAAAGUAUGUUCGUUCGAUGAUAAUGAACUCGUCACCCGAUUUGCAAUUACAUGUACAUACGCGGGUGUAGUUUUGUGGUUUCUUAUAAACAUAUUAGAUAAAAUCUUUUCUUCAGCUUCUCAAUACACAGUGAGACUGGGUACGAAAGUGCUUAUUUCAUCAUUUCUCCGAUUACUCCGUGCCCGUAUAUACUAUAUACUGCUACAUUAUACAUUCUACCAGAAGCCAUUCGUCGAUCAAUCGUUUCCUCUGAUGGGGACUGUUGUUGUUAAUGGGUUAAAAAUAGGCACAGCUUGCAGCGGGAUUGAACAACUCGAAACAAUAGGGAAUUGAUUCUUUUUUUU